GUAUUACUACGACGGGGAGCUUCAGAUGGUAAUGCUCAGCCACGUUGACGACUUGCUGGUUGCCAGGAAGGCCGCAAGCCCCACGGUCGACAAGACACUGGGAGAGAUGGCUGAGUUUCUACAUCUGGAGAGACGCGACGGGGAGUUUGAGUACUGCGGGAUCUACGCUACGCAGGCUAAGGCGGUCAAGGCCGUGGAACAUAUCCCUAUCGCCCCGGACAGGACGUCAGAGCUGAAGGUCCAGGACCUCAUCGAUGCCAACAAGCUCGUGGAUUACGUCGAGCAGAACAUCGAGUACGGCCUGCACUUCCGCAGGGGCGUCGUGGACAUCAGCACAGCGUGCGUCUUGGCCUACGGUGAUUCCUCGUUCGCAAACGUGCCGGGUGAGAAGAGCCAGGCUGGAGCAGUUCUGUGCCUUACCAACACUCCUCGAGAAGUUGUGGACGGACGAUGUGACAAGCAGGUGCCCUUCGUGUGGGCAAGUUUCCGAGUCAAGCGAGUUGUGAGAUCCACGUUAGAUGCGGAGGCAUACAGCAUCAGCGAGGCUAUGGAGCAUGGCCAGUUUCUACGACAGUUUCUUCAGGAGUUAUAUAUGCCAGCCAACACGAAGCUCGAUUCUGGCCGUGACGGGCAGCGGCAAUCUGAAGGCCGUGAAGCCAACAACAGUCCUGAUUUCAUCGACAAGAAGAUCGGCCACGAGGGGAUCGAGUGCCACACUGAGGAGAUCAACCGCGAGUGGAUCGGGUACCGCGUGUGGCAGAUCAACCGCGAGAGGAUCGAGUACCACGUGUGGCAGAUCAACCGCGAGUGGAUCGGGUACCACACCAGGAGAAACAUCAAUAUUGACGGACCCAGCGGUGAGCAGGAAGAUGACAAUGCAGUGAUCUACAUUAUGCUGGCCAUCCUGUUCGUGAUGACUAUGGCCGUGAUAUACCUCAUGUGGCAGAUGCGGGAGAUCAGAGCAUCGAUCCGACAGCCUCAGGAGAUCGAGAGAAUGCCGCGGCUGAUUCACGAAGACGAUGAUCGCACUCGAGGCUCGACUCCGACGACGGCGACAGGCACCGCUACGAGAACGAGGACGCCCCAGAAGGUUGAAAGUGAGGAGCCCGAGCCCAUGGGGAUCGAGAGCGACAGUGUCAUAUUCGGAGAGAAACCAGUCCAGAUCACGAGGCAGAGGACGGCCAAGACGGUAAAAACGAUUGACGAUGAAGCUGUACGUGACCCAAGGAAUCGCCAGGCCAGAAAGGUGGAGAUCAAGACGGUACCGCAAGACUGUGAUUUCGUGGGAAUCAAGACGAAGCUGCUGAAGGCCGGUCUCGAGGACAUUUCCGUGGUGAUCAAGGUGUCGGAGCGCGUGAUGAGGCACUACAGUCCCGAGGGCAGGCAGAUCACUAAGGACGAGGCGAACAAGAUGGCCAGUGGCAUUGGCUACUACGUGGACCCCGAGUCCAUUGACGGACGGUUGAGGAUGCGAGGAGCGUUCUGCAGCGUGGAGAAGGCUAAGACCACGCUGGAAGCCUCAGUGAGUUGA